GAGAGAAGUCCGAAUGACUCUGCGCGGUCGUUGGCCUUUUUCAUAAGGAAGCCGUCUUCUUCUCGUCAUCCAGUUUCCAUUGCCGUGUUGUCUUUAGAAAAGUAUCACAGGUCUUUCAUAUUGUGUACUACCUAUAACUAUAAAGUCACAGCUCACUUCCACCUACCCAACCGAGACAAAGGAUCUGCUCCCGGCUUUUAUCGCUAUCGCUCUGAAUAGUCAUCUAUCUUGACUGAAACGCUCCCGCGCAUCGAGACCUCUCAGCUUCUCAACUCAACCCCCACCGCCGUUGCAAGCUCGGCCCUGAACAGCAGAGACCUAGAAGAGAAAGAAGAAGAACAAGAAAAAGAAAAAGAAGAAACCCGAUACACUUGUCGCUUGCUUUCUAGAAACACCGGUAAACAUCUCCAGUACGUGCACCAUAUACAAAGCCGACAGCUCGAGUCCAUGCCCUACAUGAGUGCCUCAAUUCAAUUCCUGGUGGGCUUCUUUCCUCGAUGCGACUGCGGCUUCAACGUCCCCCGCGAGCCAAUCUUGCUAACAACUGGUUUACCGUGUCUCCAGGACUGCCGGUUGAGCUUGAUCCACAUACCGCUGCAGCUAUAUCCGCACUUCGUCCAAGCAAUACUAUCACUCAUCCUUCCGGAAUCGUAUCGAAAAGAGGACGGAAAUGCUUCGGAGCCACGGGACCCGAAGCCGGAUGAGGCGGAGGAGGAUGAGGACUUCUUCGAGUCCUCGGUAGCGACCGAUUUCGUCAACAUAUCGGUGACUCCGGUCGAGUGCUCGAUAGUCUGCUCGAAAGAAGCGGCGACCAGGUUCUUUGUUCCGGUGAUCGACAAGCUCGAUCCCAGCCUACGAGGCGAGGUUUCGAUCUCUACCGAGGAGUUUAUAGCCAUCCAGGUGGACGGCGAAGGCCUCGAUGCGGGACAGAGAGUGCUGGAUCUAACCAGUCCAUUGGCGUUGGCCAGAGUAUCGAUUUUCUUCAUCACCACUUACUUCUCCGACUACAUUCUCGUACCGGCGAAGAGCCGCAGCAGCGUCACAAAAGCUCUACAACAGCGAGGAUUCGUCUUCGAGAAGUACUCGGACUCCUUCGUGACGCUGAGCCACCACCGCCAUUCGUCGUCCACAUCGUCGACGCAAUCCCUAUCUCCGCCGACAACACUCGCAGACCUCGAGAACACGACCUUCAGCACCCUGCGAAAACAGAACGUCGUGCCGAUGGUCAACAAGACCUGCAAGCUGAUCCUAUGCGCGGGGCGUCGAGGCGGGGGCUCUGGCUGGCGAGGGAUCGGCGGCCACGACGCCGCGCUGAAACUCGGGCUGGUGCGGUGCCUAGUCGCGCAGCCGCGAUUCAUGAGCGUGACCCUGACGGAUCUGGAGCCGGUGUCGCUGUUGCUGCAGAAGGACAUGCUGUGCAUGUUCGACGCGGACGCGGACAUCCUCCUCGGCAGCAAGGACGAUGUGCUCAUCCCCAUCGUCCUCGACCUGUGCGGUCUCCCUGUAGACUCCACCGGCAUCGUGUGCGGCGUCGCUGGGAGACUCGUCGGCGGCACGAAGGGCGGCGUCGCGAAUGGAAAUGGCGCCGUCGAGAUGAGCUACCUCAGCACUGCUAGGGCGGGCACAGUCAUGGUCGCCGAGGCGGAUAUCGCUAGAGCUGUGGCCGCGCUGAACAUGUAGUGCAUGUGCGGGACUUGUUAGGCUCGGCCCCCCCCCACUAUUUCUUUUUUAAAAGAUG